CUUCAUGGUGGAGCCGACUUGGAACUCGCCUUGUUGCACGCCGUGCGUGAGAGUGAUGUGAGAGGUGUUGAAAUUUUGCUCCAGUUUCACGAUCCUUCAUCACCAAAGCGGAUGUCUCCAGAUUCAAUGAGCUUAAAAUACCAACGUCACUUCACGCCAUUGAUCCUGGCGGCCCGCUUGCAGAAUUUCAAAAUUGUAAAACUCCUCUUGGAACAUGGAUUCUCCAUUCCCAAUUUACCGAUUGAUUUAAAAAAGCCUGUUGGCUCAGAAAUCAACUUUGAUGAAAAACUGGGACUCACUUUGUUUCGUUUAAACAGAUACCGAGCUUUGGCAAGUCCCGUGUACAUGGCGGCGUCGUUUCUCCAAAACCCCUUCAGCGAUCCUGAUCCUGUCCAUCGCGCAUGCGCUCUUAGUAAGGAAUUGUCUCACAUGGCCGAACGGGAGCACGAGUUCAGACAAGAGUAUUUGGAGCUUAGUGAUGGUUGUAAAGAGUUUACUGUGGAUCUGUUAAAUGGAUGCCGCUCAAUGAAAGAGAUCAGGUGUGUUAUGGAGAUGGAGAACGAAAAAAGUACACCAUUAAACACGGAUGGAGUGGUUUUGAACAUUCUGGAAUUUGCCAUAGUUACCAGGAAUGAAAAGUUUGUCAGCCAUCCUUACAGUCAGCUGGUAUUGAAGUCAGAAGCCCUCAGACAUGUCCCAUUCCUGGAAAACAGCCCAGGGAAAAGAUUUACAGUGGUGCUUUUAUCAUCUCUUUUGUCUCCUUUGAUCUUUGCGAUUUGGCUUGCUUUCGAAACCUUUCUGCCCAGACACAAGGUAGCCAGAAUGUUCCAUUCACCUUGUUUAAAAUUUCUCACCAAUUGCGGAGCUUAUCAAAUUUUUCUUUUCGUGCUUACUUUGACUUCGUUCCAACGAGACACGCAGUUCCUGGAAUAUUCCAUCAAUGAUUGGAUUGUUGUGGCAUUCGUCAUCGGACACUUGGUAGAUUUUGUUAAAGAAGUUUUUCAACAAGGAAGAGUUCGCUUCUUUGCAAACAAAUGGAACUAUCUAGCUGUGGUUAGAGUGACCUUGUUUGUUCUUUGUUACGUCAUGGGUUGGUUUGCCCGUACAAGUAUUGUAGACAGAGGGGAUUCUUUGCAAUGGGAGAACCAUAGCGACGAUCGUUCCUACAAGGUUGUGCUGUUUUCCGAGUGUGUUUUUGCUGUGGCAAUACUUCUUGCAUUUGCGCACAACUUCUCAUUUAUCGAAGAAAAUGCCGUCAUGGGCCCAUUGUUACAAGCAUUCAUUCUGAUGUUGUUUGAUGUAAUGAAGUUCUUCUUUUUUUUUGUUUUCGCUUUUCUGGCAUUUGUUGUGAGUUUCACGAAGUUAUACUUGCAGUAUGAGAAAGCUAAGGAUCAUUUUAUUUCACGUAAAGUGAUCACAAACGAAACAGACCCCUUGCACCUAGAAAGGUUUUCAAGCAGUGUUUCCACCAUCUUUUGGUCUUUAUUCGGCCAAAUCGACCGUGACAAUUUUAAAAUCGACGAGACAGAAUAUGAAACAAUAUGGAGAACAGGCAUGGUGCUGUUUGGCGCGUUCAACAUUGUAGCAGUAUUAGUUGCUCUGAAUAUGCUAAUCGCCAUGUUGAAUGAAUCUUACACAAGGAUAACGACCAACUUAGAUACUGAGUGGAAUUUUACCAGAACAAAACUAUGGUUAAGCUGGCUUUACAAGAAAGGCAUUCUCACUUCCCCUUGUAAUCUUCUCUACCUGGUUCUUCCACUUUUUUGGGUUUUAAAGAAUCUUUUGGGAGUUUGCUGCCCAAGAAAAAUAAAGUUAUUUGUGGGAAAGUUCGUUCCGGAAAAGCCAAAGCCCUCCUGGAAAAUAAGAAGGACUAACGAAAGAGAGAGACGAGAAGUGAUGCGCCAUCUAAUCCUGAGGAACUUGGCUAAAAAGUCAUGUCAUUUAGAGCCUGGUAACGCGUCAGAUGAUUCGCACGAAGAAUAUGACAUUGAAAGCACC